AUGGCUAGGUAUAGUGUGAAAGCGUCCUCGUGGAGAUCGUUUAGAAUGUAUCCCGUAAUUAUCGAGUUCCAUGUAAUGGGGCUCUUCUCGUUUUUCGCCUUCUCGAAGAGGUUCACGGCCUUCUCGAGCUCACCGUUCUUGGCGUAUGCCAUGAUCAUAGUGACGGGAUUUUUCUCGGGCAUGCCGAAAAAAAUCGACUCGGCAUUUUCAAUCUUUCUUAAAUUCACGAACCCACCGAUCAACUCAUUCAUGUUGCCCAAGGCUAGGCCCGACACGCUGUUGCAAACUGUUUGGGCUUCAUCCAUGGACUCGUAUUUACUGUACAAACAAACCAAGGCUCCACAAACCGAGUGCUCGCGCUCGAGCCCGGACUUGAUUACAAGCCCGUGA